UUUUAUCCCUUAGGCUUUGUAGCUUUCCAGAUACUGAUUUUACUCAUAAGUCUGGCAACUCUCGAGCCUCUCACAUCAAAAUUUAUGAUUCUCCAAGUCGAAAAAUCUUUUCAAAAUUUUAAGUAAACAUGAGCUCCCCGAAUAAUAGUCCGAACAAAAAAAAUUCGCUGCAAUGUGAGAGCAGGAUCAGUCUCCGACGCAGCGGUGGAACGCAAAACGAUCUCGUAAAUAAACUGCAGCAUUUGCGUCCGGGAUUCGGUCUCGGCGCGCCGGUACGCCGGUACCUUCCCGCCGUGUUCGGUGUCAUAGACGGCGGCACCCAUCCGCGCAGCAUCCUACGCGAUCAGACCCAUCAAACCGAUGCAACGGAGGUGAAGAACUUCCGGCAGGCCCACCCGCGACGCCAGUCCCGUGGCCGACAGCAGCUUCAAAUAGCCAAUGUUCCGGAGGAAAAUAUAGCAGAUGUGUCGGCACCCAGCUUUGAAAUGAAAAAGCCCUCUCAACGAUCCAAUAUGGUGGAGGCGCCGGUGGCCAGCGGCCACACGGUCGAGACCGUGUAUACGGAAAUUUUCGAUAGCUUUCCGGACCCCAGGGAUAUGAUGACGCCCGGCACGUCCUUACAGAUUAGAGACAAAUCCCUUGGCCAGAAGACUACCCACCGCAAGGUCACUACGCAUCGUGACUCCAACGGAAAUAUUACUAGUCGCAUUGAGGAGACGACCACAGUGUGCACUGCGCCCCGGGAUAGGCCACCGUCCAUUACACGGCGCAUUAACUUCUCCACAGAGGAUGUGUCUAAAAACGUGUCGGACGAAACGAUGCUCAUGCUCCACGAUGACUCUAGGCCAAGGACGCUUAUAGGAGAGAGAUACAUGCCCAGCGAGUAUCCGGGUGGACAAGGACCUCUUCAAUAUCGCGAUCGCAGCUCACAGCGCGAGAAAUUGGAGGCCGAACCAGCGCAUUCUUUCAAUGGUAUUUCGGGAGCUACUCGCCAAUGGCGAGCACCCAGGACUAUCGGGUUCCUGAAUGACCAGACAAUACCGUCUUAUGUGGCAUACACCACCGGCUUCUCUGACAGGGCACAACAGACGUGGCCCAGUGCCUACAGUGAACAGCAACGGCGAAAAAGGAGAUCCCAAGGAACGGCUCCGGACCGGACCAGUUUCCCGGACAGGUCACAACAAGGUCCAAGCGAAAACUUAGAAAGUGAUCACCGAAGAUUCCGAUCUCAAAGUCCAGAUGGCAGACGCAGUCAGUUUCAAGAGGACCUCAGUUCCGCGACCCGCCAACGAAGCUUGUCGCAAGGCUCAAAUCCCAGAAGGCAGCAGAUAUCACAGCAGUCGCAGAAUAUAAACAAUAAUUCUGCUCCUCAAUUCAACGACAGUCCACCCAGAGGAGAGGUUUCGCCUUCUUCGAGAUCUCCAAAUGGCAACGCCCAGCCCAAGUCAGUGUCUGGUGACCUUGAUGAGGAAUACGCACCCUUUCGCAAUGAAGCCGGGUCAAUAAAACGGAGUAACGAUUCUGUAAAUAAGGGAUCAGUCAAAGUGACUGAUGAAGUUCUGGAUGAUGUAACCAUGCCGUCGUCUGGAGAAGCAGCAACUUCAUCCCACCGGCAUGUGACACUACCCAGCGGGGACUUACGCGAAGUGUCGGCUCGGGAGCAAAUAGGUGAUGAAUCGGCUCCUACCUUUGCAAGUUCAGAUCACAGAAAUACUAACAGUCAGAGACGAUCAAUGCCUUCAAGCAACAUUUUUGAUGAAUCAGCCCCCACAUUUGACAGUACCGGUCGUGGAACAGCAUACAGUCAGAGGCAAUCCAUGCCAUCUCAAAACAUAAUCGAUGAAUCAGCACCCACAUUUGAGAGUACUGGUCGUGGAACUGCGUACAGUCAAAGGCAAUCUUUACCUGCAAAUACUCAGAGGAAAUCCAUGGCUUCAGCAAACAUAUGGGAUGAAUCGGAACCUACUUUCGAAAGAACCAGUCCUGGAACUGCACAUACACAGAGGAAAACCUUGCCUUCAGGUACUCAUCGACGAUCUAGGCCUUCACAAAACAUAUGCCAUGAAUCCUGUCCUAAAUUCAACUGUUCCGGCGAUGAACCUGUACCUACUCAGUUUCAAACCAUGCCUUCCCAAAAUAUAAACGAUGAAUCAGAACCAACAUUUGAGGGAACCGGUCGUGGAACUGCAUACAGUCAGAGGCAAUCCAUGCCAUCUCAAAACAUAUUUGAUGAAUCAGCACCCACAUUUGAGAGCACCGGUCGUGGAACUGCGUACACUCAAAGGCAAUCUUUACCUGCACAAACUCAGAGAAAAUCCAUGCCUUCAGCAAACAUAUGGGAUGAAUCGGAACCUACUUUCGAAAGUUCCAGUCCUGGAACUGCACUCAGACAGAGAAAAACCUUGCCUUCACGUACUCAGAGACAAUCGAUGCCUUUAGAAAAUAUAUGCGCUGAAACCUGUCCUAAUUUCAACUGUUCCGUUGUUGAACCUUCUACUAUUCAGUGGCAAGCCAUGCCUUCCCAAAACAUAAACGAUGAAUCAGCACCCACAUUUGAGAGUACGGGUCGUGGAACUGGAUACAGUCAGAGGCAAUCCAUGGGUCCAGCAGCUCAGACAAGAUCCAUGGCUUCUGAAAACAUAAACGAUGAAUCGGAACCCACAUUUGAUAGUACAGGUCGUGGAACUGAAUAUAGUCAGGGGAAAUCAAUGGGGCCAGCAGCUCAGACCAGAUCUAUGCCUUCUGAAAACAUAAACGAUGAAUCGGAGCCCACAUUUGACAGUACGGGUCGUGGAACUGCGUACAGUCAGAGGCAACCCAUGGGUGAAUCAACUCAGAGGCAAUCCUCGCUUUCGAAAAACCUAAACGAUGAAUCGGCACCGACAUUUGAGAGUACUGGUCCUGAAACUGCAGACAGUCAAAGACAAACUAUGCCUUCUCAAAACAUAAACGAUGAAUCAGCACCCACAUUUGAGAGUACCGGCCGUGGAACUGGGCACAGUCAGAGGCAACCCAUUGCUGAAUCAACUCAGAGGCAAUCCUCGCUGUCAAAAAACCUAAACGAUGAAUCGGAACCAACAUUUGAGAGUACCGGUCCUGAAACUGCAGACAGCCAAAGACAAACAAUGCCUUCUGAAAACAUAAACGAUGAAUCGGAACCCACAUUUGAUACUACAGGUCGUGGAACUGCGUACAGUCAGAGGCAACCCAUGGGUGAAUCAACUCAGAGGCAAUCCUCGCUGUCAAAAAACCUAAACGAUGAAUCGGCACCGCCAUUUGAGAGUACUGGUCCUGAAACUGCAGACAGUCAAAGACAAACUAUGCCUUCUCAAAACAUAAACGAUGAAUCAGCACCCACAUUUGAGAGUACCGGCCGUGGAACUACGUACAGUCAGAGGCAACCCAUGGGUGAAUCAACUCAGAGGCAAUCCUCGCUUUCGAAAAACCUAAACGAUGAAUCUGCACCGACAUUUGAGAGUACUGGUCCUGAAACUGCAGACAGUCAAAGACAAACUAUGCCUUCUCACAACAUAAACGAUGAAUCGGAACCCACAUUUGAUAGUACGGGUCCUGUAACUGAAUACAGUCAGAGGCAAUCAAUGGGGCCAGCAGCUCAGACGAGAUCCAUGCCUUCUGAAAACAUAAACAAUGAAUCUGCACCCACAUUUGAGGGUACCGGUCCUGGAACUGAAUAUAGUCAGGGGAAAUCCAUGCCCUCAGCAAAUAUAUGGGAUGAAUCGGCACCUAAUUUCGAAAGUUCCAGUCCUGGAAGUGCACUCGGUCAGAGGAAAACCUUGCCUUCAAGUACUCAGAGACAAUCGAAGCCUUCAGACAAUACAUGCGCUGAAUCCUGUCCGAAUGUCAACUGUUCCGUUGUUGAACCUUCAACUAUUCAGUGGCAGGCCAUGCCUUCCCAAAACAUAAACGAUGAAUCGGCUCCAACAUUUGAAAGUACGGGACCUGAAACUGCAGACAGUCAAAGACGAGCUAUGCCUUCUCAAAAUAUAAACGAUGUAUCACAACCCACAUUUGAGAGUACCGGUCGUGGAACUGAAUACAGUCAGAGGAAAUCCAUGCCUUCUCAAAACAUAAACGAUGAAUCAGCACCCACAUUUGAGAGUACCGGUCGUGGAACUGGGCACAGUCAGAGGCAACCCAUUGCUGAAUCAACUCAGAGACAAUCCACGCUUUCGAAAAACCUAAACAAUGAAUCGGAACCGACAUAUGAGAGUACCGGUCCUGAAACUGCGGACAGUCAAAGACAAUCUAUGCCUUCUGAAAACAUAAACGAUGAGUCAGCACCCACAUUUGAAAGUACCGGUCGUGGAACUGAAUACAGUCAGAGGAAAUCCAUAGCUUCAGAAAAAAAAAAACGCCAAAAUAUAAACGAUGAAUCUGCACCCACUUUUGAGAGUACCGUUCCUGGAACUGAGCACAGUCAGAGACAAUCCAUGGCUGCAGCAGUUCAGAAGAGAUCCAUGCCUUCUGAAAACAUGAACGCUGAAUCGGAACCAAUAUUUGAGAGUACCGGUCCUGAAAGUGCAAAAAGUCAAGGCCAAUCCACGUCUUCUGAAAACAUAAAUGAUGAAUCUGCACCCUCAUUUGAGAGUACUGGUCGUGGCGCUGAGCACAGUCAGAGGCAAUCCAUGCCGUCCCAAAAUAUAGACGAUGAAUCAGCACCCACAUUUGAGAUAACCGGUCCUGGAACCGAAUAUAGUCCGGGGCCAUCCAUGCCUUCUCAAAACAUUAACGAUGAAUCAGCACCCACAUUUGACAGUACCGGCCGUGGAACUGAAUACAGUCAGAGGCAACCCAUGAGUGAAUCAACUCAGAGGCAAUCCUCGCUUUCGAAAAACCUAAACGAUGAAUCUGCACCGACAUUUGAGAGUACUGGUCCUGAAACUGCAGACAGUCAAAGACGUUUGCCUUCUCACAACAUAAACGAUGAAUCGGAACCCACAUUUGAUAGUACGGGUCCUGUAACUGAAUACAGUCAGAGGCAAUCAAUGGGGCCAGCAGCUCAGACGAGAUCCAUGCCUUCUGAAAACAUAAACAAUGAAUCUGCACCCACAUUUGAGGGUACCGGUCCUGGAACUGAAUAUAGUCAGGGGAAAUCCAUGCCCUCAGCAAAUAUAUGGGAUGAAUCGGCACCUAAUUUCGAAAGUUCCAGUCCUGGAAGUGCACUCGGUCAGAGGAAAACCUUGCCUUCAAGUACUCAGAAACAAUCGAAGCCUUCAGACAAUACAUGCGCUGAAUCCUGUCCGAAUGUCAACUGUUCCGUUGUUGAACCUUCAACUAUUCAGUGGCAGGCCAUGCCUUCCCAAAACAUAAACGAUGAAUCGGCUCCAACAUUUGAGAGUACCGGUCCUGAAACUGCAGGCAGUCAAAGACAAGCUAUGCCUUCUCAAAACAUACACGAUGUAUCAGCACCCACAUUUGAGAGUACCGGCCGUGGAACUGAAUACAGUCAGAGGCAACCCAUGGCUGAAUCAACUCAGAGGCAAGCCACGCCUUCGCAAAACCUAAACGAUGAAUCGGAACCGACAUUUGAGAGUACUGGUCCUGAAACUGCAGACAGUCAAAGACAAGCUAUGCCUUCUCAAAACAUAAACGAUGAAUCAGCACCCACAUUUGAGAGUACCGGCCGUGGAACUGAAUACAGUCAGAGGCAACCCAUGGCUGAAUCAACUCAUAGGCAAGCCACGCCUUCGCAAAACCUAAACGAUGAAUCGGAACCAGCAUUUGAGAGUACCGGUCUUGAAACUGCAGGCAGUCAAAGACAAGCUAUGCCAUCUCAAAACAUAAACGAUGAAUCAGCACCCACAUUUGAGAGUACCGGCAGUACCGGAACUGAAUACAGUCAGAGGCAACCCAUGGCUGAAUCAACUCAGAGGCAAGCCACGCCUUCGCAAAACCUAAACGAUGAAUCGGAACCAGCAUUUGAGAGUACCGGUCCUGAAACUGCAGGCAGUCAAAGACAAGCUAUGCCUUCUCAAAACAUAAACGAUGAAUCAGCACCCACAUUUGAGAGUACCGGCAGUACCGGAACUGAAUACAGUCAGAGGCAACCCAUGGCUGAAUCAACUCAGAGGCAAGCCACGCCUUCGCAAAACCUAAACGAUGAAUCGGAACCGACAUUUGAGAGUACUGGUCCUGAAACUGCAGACAGUCAAAGACAAGCUAUGCCUUCUCAAAACAUAAACGAUGAAUCAGCACCCACAUUUGAGAGUACCGGCCGUGGAACUGAAUACAGUCAGAGGCAACCCAUGGCUGAAUCAACUCAGAGGCAAGCCACGCCUUCCCAAUACCUAAACGAUGAAUCGGAACCGACAUUUGAGAGUACUGGUCCUGAAACUGCAGACAGUCAAAGACAAGCUAUGCCUUCUCAAAACAUAAACGAUGAAUCAGCACCCACAUUUGAGAGUACCGGCCGUGGAACUGAAUACAGUCAGAGGCAACCCAUGGCUGAAUCAACUCAGAGGCAAGACAUGCCUUCGCAAAACUUAAACGAUGAAUCGGAACCGACAUUUGAGAGUACUGGUCCUGAAACUGCAGACAGUCAAAGACAAGCUAUGCCUUCUCAAAACAUAAACGAUGAAUCAGCACCCACAUUUGAGAGUACCGGCCGUGGAACUGAAUACAGUCAGAGGCAACCCAUGGCUGAAUCAACUCAGAGGCAAGCCACGCCUUCCCAAUACCUAAACGAUGAAUCGGAACCGACAUUUGAGAGUACUGGUCCUGAAACUGCAGACAGUCAAAGACAAGCUAUGCCUUCUCAAAACAUAAACGAUGAAUCAGCACCCACAUUUGAGAGUACCGGCCGUGGAACUGAAUACAGUCAGAGGCAACCCAUGGCUGAAUCAACUCAGAGGCAAGCCACGCCUUCGCAAAACCUAAACGAUGAAUCGAAACCAUUAUUUGACAGUACCGGUCGUGGGACUGCGUACACUCAAAGGCAAUCUUUACCUGCACAAACUCAGAGUAAAUCCAUGCCUUCAGCAAACAUAUGGGAUGAAUCGGAACCUACUUUCGAAAGUUCCAGUCCUGGAACUGCACUCAGACAGAGGCAAACCUUGUCUUCACAUACUCGGAGACAAUCGAUGCCUUUAGAAAAUAUAUGCGCUGAAACCUGUCCUAAUUUCAACUGUUCCGUUGUUGAACCUUCAACUAUUCCGUGGCAAGCCAUGCCUUCCCAAAACAUAAACGAUGAAUCAGCACCCACAUUUGAGAGUACGGGUCGUGGAACUGGAUACAGUCAGAGGCAAUCCAUGGGUCCAGCAGCUCAGACAAGAUCCAUGCCUUCUGAAAACAUAAACGAUGAAUCGGAACCCACAUUUGAUAGUACAGGUCGUGGAACUGAAUAUAGUCAGGGGAAAUCAAUGGGGCCAGCAGCUCAGACCAGAUCUAUGCCUUCUGUAAACAUAAACGAUGAAUCGGAGCCCACAUUUGACAGUACGGGUCGUGGAACUGCGUACAGUCAGAGGCAACCCAUGGCUGAAUCAACUCAGAGGCAAGCCACACCUUCGAAAAACCUAAACGAUGAAUCGGAACCGACAUUUGAGAGUACUGGUCCUGAAACUGCAGACAGUCAAAGACAAGCUAUGCCUUCUCAAAACAUAAACGAUGAAUCAGCACCCACAUUUGAGAGUAUCGGUGAGACGAAUGAGAAAAUAGAAAUGGACGACGAGUGGAUGUCAGAAUAUGAUGAAGUGGGAGGCGUCAAAAGAAGAAAGAUCUCCAGAGGACAACAGGUGUCGAUGCCAUCGCAAAAUAUCCCGGUUCCACGGUUCAUGCCCUCGGGUGGUGAAGUUUCCGGAGCAGCUAGAAGCACCGCGAGACCGGAGGGUACCAUGCCGUCGCGAAACCCUUUUGUGCUUCAGAUGACCAAUGAGUGUGUGGCGAAUGAAACUAUCCAACCUUUGCCGUAUGUGUCGGAACAGCCUCCGUUAGUCGCCUAUCAGCAAACCGAGCAGCGCGGUAGACCGGUGCCACAGCGUGUCUCAUAUGCGUCUUUUUCCACGGGACUUCUGGGUAAUGUAAAUACGCUAUCUCAUCCCUCCGAUACCGGAGGUAAUCAAUCGUGUAUGUGUGAUGGAAAGCGAGAGCAUUCACUGGGUCAGACCUGGACAGACAGGAUGGACCGCUCGACAACCAAUAAAAUAGAUGAUGUCAGUAUGAAAGCCUUCAACAACCUUUCUGUCACGCCGCACCACCUAUUGCAAAUGCCCAAGACGUGUUUGGAUAUAGCCACCGAGACGCCACUCCAGCGGAGAAGUCAGUCGCUAGAGUACACACCUUCGGAGAAUGACAGCGAAUCGGAUUUCCUUACAUGCAAAAGCUCUACUGACUUGCGACAGGAGGACAAAGGCGCUAUUCCCUGUGGUAUAUGCGAGAGAGUGUCCUCAGACCGCUACUUCCAGUCGAUGGAUGUUGGUCCCCAUGGCCAAGUGGUGCAAGGGGUAACCGUAACGACAUCAAUGUCCAUAAUUUCGGGGACGCGAUUAAAUCAGGACCAGAGAAUGCGUGCUGAGGUUGAAAUGCCGAACUCAAUGACGAACUAUGAUUCAAUUGAUCAGGUCAUGCAGUCAACCGGCCACAAAAGCACUGGAACAACAACACAGAACAGCUGUUCCAUGGAACAUCAAAAUCAGAACCAAAAGAUGAGUGCUGAGGAUGAAAUGCUACAGAGUGGACGCAAGAAUGGAUAUUCCAACCGAAGCAUCAACGGAUUCGACUCAAUGAUCAACUACGUUUCGUUCGAUCAGGUCAUGCAGUCAACCGGCCACCAGAGCGCCGGAACACCUACACAGAACAAUUGUUCAAUGGAACAGCAAAACUAUCAGCCGAAUCAGCCCUGUCCUGGUUGUCCCACUGGAGCUUCCCACGCCAUGCAGAUCCAGAGAGCAUGGGAACAGGGUUUUACCAUUUGUGGAAGCAGGCUUGUCACAUCACCCAUCACCAUCACCAAUUACCAUAGCACUGGAACAACAACGCAAAACGACCAUUCCCUGAAGAAAAGAGACUUUAACCCCACUGGAUUUGCAGCCGAAUGCGACCAAACCAGCUAUAACUCCGUGCAGGCGUGCACCUGCCUGCAGUCUCAAGGCGGGGGUUCGGCCUUUCCCGUCGAACUCCCUUUCGGUUGUUCGCCGGAUUCGGAGUCCGAGUUCGAUUCGGAGACGGAAUGCAAUGCCGACGGCUUCACCGCCAGAUCGUCUAGUCCAGAUGAAGUAGAAGCCGGACCCCAUUACGACGACUAUAAAGACGUAGAGGAGUGCAAUGAUGACGACAACGAUGACAGAUCGCCCGGAGCCUACCUAAACCCUUCAAAAGCCGUACUGAACUCUGGUGCCAACAACUGCAACUGUCCACUGAAGUCAGAGGAUGACUCCAACGCCAGACCGUACCGUCCCCUUAGAGGAUCGCCUGGACCCUUCUUCUACGCAGUUCAGGACACUGGAAUGUGGGGGAUUACCAGCGCUUUUCUGCCGGAACCAGCGAUCGCCAUAUCGCCAUGUCUCAAUGGACCCUGUUCGUUAGAUUCGGAGCGCACUGAUGACUACCAGUCUGCCCGAUCGUCCAUUUCCAAUGAAGAAGAUCGUGGACCCUAUCGGCCGCCCUGCUGGGUAUAUCCCUCACCGAUUCGGAUGCUUUUUGAUGGAUUGGUUCGACUUGGGGAAUCUCUUUAAACAAUAAAUUUUCUACAAUAAGUUGUAGACACGACCUGUUAACUUA